ACCGUCAUAUCAUAACAACAAUGCACCUCCCACACCUCCCCCUUCCGCUCCUUCCCCUGCUCUCCCUGCUCAUAAGCCUAACAGCGGCGUACGCCCCGACUAGCAUAUUUUGCAAAUGCGCCUGCGGCUACAACUCGACCCUAAUCCCAAUCACCUCCCCGCCCAGCUGCUCGGAAUGUAAUCGCCAGUUCUGCCUGAAGCAGCACUUGCCGAUCUGCCGUGAUGUGGGAGAUGAUGACAUCUUUACUACCUGCUUCCGUAAGUACAGUGUGAACCGUCAUGCACGUCCUCUGGACGGGCACGCGAGCAGGCAAGGGGGGGGGGAGGGUGCUAAUGAGGAUGUUUCCAGAGAGAGAUUCCGCAAAGGAUCAGGCGGUGGUAUUUAUUUUCAUUGUGGCUACGGUGGGAUUGUUGGGGUAUGCUGGGCUGAGGGGGUGGGUGGGGGAAGUUAUCAAGGUUUGUGGGUCCUUUGCUUGAUGGCGGCGAGGGCGGGAGGGCUAAUUGGCGGGGGGAGUGUAGAAGUGGAGAGACAGGGAUAGGACGGCUGGGGAGAGGUAUGAGGCCUUGCCAGGCGCUUAGUGUUUAUCUACGGCUUUUAUUCGCGGUUCCUACGAUUCUUUUUUCCUACGGCAUGCGGUGGUGGGUGGGUGGAUGGAUGGGGCCUGCGGGUCGGUUGUAGGAUAUUGUUUUCGUUUGGGGUGGGACGCGUGAGCUAUGUUUGGAUAUUUAAAUAUCCGAGAUACUAGGGUACGGCACUGGAAGGUAAUGACUGCAAUGAAUAAUAUCGAAUGGAGUUGUGUUUUGUCUUC